CUGGGAACCAGCCCCAACAUCGACGGCAUCCACAUCGAGAAGUCCACCUUCGUCUCCGUCCUCAACUCCACCAUCUCCACGGGCGACGACGACAUCUCCAUGAGCCCCGGGGCCCGCAACGUAUGGAUCGAGCGAGUGGCAUGUGGGCCGGGCCACGGCAUCAGCAUCGGGAGCCUGGGCUGGAAGCUCCAGGAGCCGAGCAUCCAGAACGUCACCGUCAAGAGAGUCCACUUCGUGGAGACGACUAACGGCCUGCGGAUCAAGACCUGGGCCCGGCCCAGCUUGGGGUUCGUCACCAACGUUCUUUUCCAGCACGUGCUCUUUGACAGCGUCAAGAACUCCAUCCUCAUCGACCAGAACUACUGCCCCGGUGGCCGGCACUGUCCACGUCAAGGACAUCAGCUUACUUACGUCGGCGGUGCCCGUGACGAUAAGGAGGCGACUGCCACGUAUUCCUCUCCUUUCCUUCCUUUUCUUCUUCUUCCUACAUCUUCGAUUAAACCUAAAAGAAAUAGAACAUGGUCGCCGCUGAGGUUUCCGCCAUGGUCGUCGGGUCUCGGCAUAGGCAAGCGGUUGCGCGAAGAACGGAAGAAGAGGAAGGAACAUGGCGGAGAGUCAGGGUCGAUAGGGGAGUCAAGAAUACAGAUCGGAGAUGGGGAAGACUGGACGACAUCAGUGAUGACGACGACAAUAAUGGCGGGAUGA